CCUUUUCUCCUCCCUCCCAUUUCUUUCCUUUCUUUCUCAUCAAUCCACUCCAUUGAUGCAAUCCACCCUUUUACCUGAAAGAACAUUACGCCUUUGACUCAUCUUGGAACCCACACCAGAAAUGAGGAAUCAGAAGCUCAAAGGAAUGGAAGAUAUUGAUAAGAAGAAGGGGCUAUGGCUUCCAGACAGCAUAAUGGCAGAUAUACUGUGCAGAUUGUCCUCAAAAGAACUGGCCAGGCUGAGGUUCGUUUCGAAGGAAUGGCAGUCCAUCGUCUCCGAUCGGACAUUCGUCUCACUUCAUCUCACCAUGAAACGACGACGUCCCAAAGAGAAGCUCUCUGGAUUCUUCCUCCAAGGAAGGCACUAUUGGUGCAAUGAGGACAUCAAAUCUGUGAGCUACAUAGCGUCUUCCGACGAUGGCGUCAGAAAGGCGGCAGAGAAGAGCGUGCUGAGCUUUCUCCCGGAAGAGGUGGUCAUUCUUUCUUCCACUCAUGGCCUUCUCUGCUGCCGGAGCCUCUUCCUCUCACCUUAUUCUUCUCAGCCCCGUCUGGUCUAUGUCUGCAACCCUCUCACAAAGGAAUGGACUUCUCUUGAAUGGCCUCACCCUCCUCAAGAAAAAGAAACCAGCACUGCCUUGGUUCUCCACCUCUCCAUUUCCCCUACUCAUGUUUCCACAGAUUUUUAUCUCGUUUCAGUUUGCCAAAGAGUAGCCACCGCAAUGACCGAUUUGGGGAAUGACCAGGAGGAAGAUGAAGACGAUGAUGAGUUCGAGUUCCGGUUCAAGACAUACUCAUCCCGAACGAAAGAAUGGCGAGAGUCGAAAGAGGUGUGCAUUUGCAGCAAGAAGUUGCAGAAAAAGGGGUGUAGUGUGGGUGGGGAAGGUGGCGGAAUCAUAUACUGGCUGACAGCGGAUAACCGUGUGCUCAUGUUUGAUUUUAGGAAUGAUCUUUGUUGGAUGAUCAAGGCACCUUUUCCGUCUUCGGAGCUGAACUUCACACCCGGGGUGUGUUUGGGAGAAGGAGGUGAUGAUGGGAGGCUGAGGUAUGUGCUGAUUUCCCAGGACGGGUUCAUGGUCUGGGAGCUGGAUGAUCAGUUUGCAUCCGUUUGGUCACUCAAAUACUUCAUAGCUCCUGAUGAGCUGGAGAAGGAGAAUCCUGAAAGCAUGUUUCGCAUCUCCAAGAUGCUGCAGUCUCAUCUCACUAUUGAGUCGGGUCCUUGGAUCAAUCCUUUGUCUUUCAAGGAUUCAAUUCUGCUGCUGUGGAUAUCUCCUGAUAUCUAUGUGUUUGACUUCGAAACGCGGAAGGCGAAAUUGCUAUGCCCGGAAUCCGCUUUAGGACCGAGCUCUUGUUUAUCCCCAAUUGUCCUUCCUUACACCAUGAGUUUGGUUCCUUUAGGUUAACCACACAUCAUAUAUAUAUACAUAUGAAGGGAAGUGCUGGAAGGAGUGUUCCUGUGAUCUGUUUUGGUCUCAUUGUCAAACUUUACCAGCAGCCAUUUUGUUGAUCACAAGGGGCGGGCAUGCAUUCAAUAGCUGCUGCUUUUUUGCUCACUACCUUAGUAAAGUGCACCACUGCACAUAUAUAUAUAUAUAUAUAUAUAUAGACAUCUCAAAUUAGCUCAAGUAACCUGCUUAUUUUGAACUAGAG